AUGUGCCUGGAAAAAAGAAAUCAGAAAAUCAAUGUGCCUAAUAAUUCUGAGGAGCGAACCAUCCGGGAUCGGACCCUCCUGGAGGCGAGGGACUCAGAUCACCCCAUCCAGUGGAAAGUCAAGUUCAUCCUGGGCAACAGCAGCAGGCAGAUCUCACAGUGCAGAAACUCAAUUCAGGGAAAGAGCCUUCUCACUGAUGAACUGGGUUAUGUGUGUGAGAGGAAGGAUUUACUGGUGAAUGGAUGUUGCAACGUUAAUUCUCCCAGCUCAAGCCAGUAUGUCUGUAAAAGCUGUCUGGCCAAUGGAUGCUGUAGCAUCUACGAGUUCUGUGUUUCCUGCUGCCUCCAGCCUGAUAAGCAACCUCUUUUGGAGCGUUUUCUAAACCGAGCCGCAGAAGGGUUCCAGAACCUCUUCACUGCAGUGGAAGAUCAUUUCGAGUUGUGUCUUGCCAAGUGUCGUACAUCUUCACUGAUAAGAAUACAUGGCAAUACCCCAGCUAUUGUGUCAUUUCAGAGCGUCCAACAUGAAAACACCUACAGGAACCCGCAGGCGAAAUACUGCUACGGAGAGAGUCCACCAGAACUUCUGCCAAUAUGA